AUGGAAACAUAUAUUGCAGAGCUUUCUUCUUCUUCUAAGUUUAAUUGGAGGAUUGAAAACUUUUCAAAGCUGGACGCUCAAAAAGGAACAUACUCUGAUGCUAUCUCUGUUGGUACUUUUAAUUGGAAAGUACUGAUUUAUCCAAAGGGUAUAGGCAAUGUGUAUGAACACAUGUCGAUAUUCCUUAUCCCUUUGGACUGGAACAAAUUGCCAUAUGCAGAGAUCAGCUUUGGAAUUACUAGUCAAACCGAUCGAAAAAUAAAAGUCAGAAAAGAACUGAAACACAAUUUCACCGAAGACAAUAUUGUUGGCUGGGGUAUUCCAUUAUUCAUACGUCUUAGUGAACUCCAUGACCAUAAUAAAGGAUAUAUAGUGAAUGAUACUUGCACCAUUGAGGUUGUGGUUACUUGUAGGAUGAAGGAGGAUACAAAAGAUGAUGAAGAUGAGGGUGAUUUGAUCGAGGAGGAUACAAAAGAUGAUGAAGAUGAGGGUGAUGCGAGCAAGGGGGACACGAAAGAUGGUGAAGAAGAGGGUUAUGCGAGUGACGAAAACCCAAACCUGCAGAUUGUAAAGACAAAAAGUGAGAAACCUAGUACAGGAUUAAUAGAGUACCCAGGCGCUGGACAACCUUUUGGUGAAGAACACAUGGGUUUUUGUGAGGACAAGCAGGAAUUUGAAGAUAUUGGAGGCUUCCAUAUUUUGACAACGCAGGCCCCGCUAUAUAGGCAGAUAUGGUUAAAAUACGGUCAUAUUCCUUCAAUCAAAGUGAUGCCAAUUUUUUCGUAUCCAAUCCUAGUUAUGGUGGUCAAAGACUUGAUGUGUUCUAUUAUUGAUAUGCAAAAGUGCCACUAUGUAGAUUUAUCAUCUGAAAUGAUUGAUAGAUGGGAAGAUCUGAUAACAAUGGCUGAGAAACUUGAGUUUAACAUUGGAUGGUUGCGAGAAAGAUUUGAACAUGUGAAAAAAGGUAAGGGUAGUAACAUGCAGAUUUUUAAGGCGGAACUCCUGGAGUAUGGUCAGCAUUUACGCGCAACAAAAUCAAAGAUGAGGAUUCUCAGGAAUGUGAUGAGAAAGGUAGAGGCUAAGCUGAUUGCUUGGAAGGAUGACGUGCGAGAGAAAAUGUCUGGACUACUCUCCCGAUCAGAUAUGGAAACCUAUCUCGAAAUAGGUGAAGAUUUGUUGCUUGAAGGAGUGCUUGACGGAGUGUAUUAG